AAAAUACCAUGAGCUUAAUCCUUUUUCACAGUCACUGAUGAGCGGGCCCCCUACCCCCACCCACUUAGACUAUUUUUGUAACAUGACAUGAAUUUGAGAUAGUAUCAGCACACACUCGUAUACAGCAUACACGUGCCAGGGAAAACAGUGAGUCAUUUAAAAAGAUACUUUCAUUUUCUGCACAUACAACAAAGCUUUCGUCAGUUUUAAGGUUGGAUCUUAACUUAAUCAGAAGAUCAGGAUCAUUAAAGGCCAACCAGCAGAGUUUCUUUAGGGCUUCCGAGUCCUCUGAUGUUCCUCAGCAGCUGUUGUUGUGAGUGCAUGUGUGUCUGGACUUUCCAAUACUAUUCAGCAUACAACAUUUUCUGAAAAUAGCAAUGACUCUCCAGUGGACGGCUGUGGCUUUCUUCCUAUAUGCAGAGAUAGUAGUCAACCUCAUCCUGUGCAUACCCUUUAUAUCAGCACAGAGAUGGCGUUUGGUUUUCAGCUGGAGAAUAUGGAGCUGGUUAUCCCCAUACUGGAACAAAUGCUUCUUUGCAAUGAUCAUGGCCCUUAUUGUUCUUUUUAUUGAUGCAGUCCGAGAGGUGCAUAAGCUACUCGGUCCAGACCCCACUCAGGAUGCUAAAGUGAACCCAAACUUGUAUGAACCAUGUUCACAUGAAGCGUUCAGGGCCCAGAGGACUUACAUGUGUGGCUUUUCUCUCUUUCUCUGGCUAAUCUUGCAACGGGUUGUUACCUUGCUAAACCAAGUCGCUGUCACCUUAGACAACAACGCAGGCCUUCAUGCACAGAUGGAUGGUGCCUUGAAAACAACUAAACAGCACAAGGAAGACAACCAAAUGCUCAAACAAGCUCUCCUUGAAGGGGAAAAAUCCAUGUCAGCUAAAACACAACUGAGGCAAGAGACUGACAAGCUGGCAGCUCAACUGAAGGCUGCUGAGGAAGCUGUGAGAAAAGCAAAUGCUGAUAAUGAGGCAAGUGAGGAGACCAAAGGUUUGGCACAGGAGUAUGACAGGCUGUUAAGGGAACAUCAUCACUUCAGAAUCUUCAGAGUGCCAAGUGACAAAAAGGAUCAGUAA